AUGUUCUCGGCUGGAGCUGCUGGGGCUGCUGCUGCUGCAGCAGCGGCGGCUGCCGCGGGAACGUUAGGCAUUUCCGGACACCCGUUUACAGUCAAGGACCUAAUUUCGGGACAGGGAGAUCGCGAUAGCUCUCUCUACUCGAUGGGCUUUUACAAUAAUUACGCUCCCAGCUCGUAUCCAAACGGCGCUUAUGAAAACUUUCCGACAUCUCUGAGCUUCGAAAGUCCGACGCCGAGCUCUACGUUUGGCGGUGGCGAAAACGGCACCAACACGGAAAACGGUACAGCUCCCAGCACAAGUCCGAAAAUACAAGAGAUGACUCUGCUAAACGAAACGACCAAGACAGAGGCCGAAGGUGUUGAGUCCGAAAGUACGAAGCAAGAGAGGCUUUCUGAAAACGGAGACGACAAAGACACCGAAGGCAACCAGUCCGGUCGCGACUCUGGGGAUGACUCCGAAUCGCAAACGCCGCGAAACCGUCGCAAGCCGCGCGUACUCUUCAGUCAGGCGCAAGUGUUCGAGCUGGAGCGACGAUUCAAACAACAACGAUACCUCUCCGCACCCGAGCGUGAUCAGCUCGCGCAAAUGCUCAACCUGACUUCGCAGCAAGUGAAGAUCUGGUUCCAGAACAAGCGAUACAAGAUGAAGCGCCUUCAGCAAGACAAGCAUUUGGAACUCACAACGCAAGGAAUGUGCCCCGGCAGCUACCCACUUGGACUCUUCGGAACUUCUCGACCACCUGGCUUCCCCACAUCUACUGGUGGCUACCCGACGCCUUAUGGAACGGUGAAUCCUUACCAAUAUCCUUAUGGAGCUGCCGCCGCUUCUGCAGCAGCAUACGGCGGUGCUUCUCCGUCCAGAGUACGGCGCCUCUGCGUACGCAUCCCCCCUCGCCUCGCUCCCCACCGCGGCGACGACGCCCACUUCGCAGGAAUCGACAGUGAGCUCGGCGUUACAGCCAGGUUUGUUGUGAACAUCACCUCAACACAAACAAAACCACCACCACUAUUCAUCCAAAUGUUCCCCAUUAUAAGCAGCAGUGAGAGUACCACGACUACCAGUCCCGACUUUGCAGCAAGUGAGUCUGUCUGCUUCGAACCAAGUUCUGCCUCAACCAACCAAGUUUACAAAUACGGUGCACUAUGUUCCUAA